CAGCUUUACCGUUUGCAGAAGUUUUGCGGCAUGAUCCUUUCAGCACAAACCUGUGGCCACAAUCUCUCCGCUUGCCCACAUUCCCUUCUCGAGUCCCUCAAAGGAGUGCGACGGCACACUACAACUUCCAAGAUUUUUAGCGAGCCUUCCUCACGGCCCGUACAAAAGCGACGCCAUUCUGCGGCGUUCAGAUCCAGCGCCAGAGACCCAUACCGUAAGCAAUGGCUGCCAGUACCGCAUCCCUCGCAGCGAGGGCUUCUGCUGGACAAGCGUUGGCAGGGGCAUCGUCGGCAGCCUCUUUGGCACGGCAGACUGCUGUGUGCCCCGCUAGUGCUGGCCUGUCAUGGAGGGAGGGGCAAAGUGGUGCAGCCCCCAGGAUGGAAAAAGCAGAGCUAAGGGGCGGCUUCAUGGGACAGGCCCUGGACAGUGGUGCGAGGUCAGAGAGGCAGUUUGUGCGUGCCACAAGGGCGGCCGGAGUUGCUCGUGCAACAUUGGCUGCACCCCCAGCGGAUCUUGAGAAAGAUGCAGCGUCGGCCAAGGAGAAGUUCCGGGACGACAUCCGCAACAUUGCAAUUAUCGCGCACGUCGACCACGGCAAGACGACGCUAGUGGACAGCAUGCUGCGGCAGGCCAAGGUGUUCCGCACCAACCAGGUGGUGCAGGAGCGCAUCAUGGACAGCAACGACCUGGAACGUGAGCGGGGGAUUACUAUUCUGAGCAAGAAUACCGCCAUCACUUACAAGGACACCAAGAUCAAUAUCAUCGACACACCCGGUCACGCAGACUUCGGCGGGGAGGUCGAGCGCGUGCUCAACAUGGUUGACGGGGUGCUCCUCCUGGUUGAUUCUGUGGAGGGCCCCAUGCCCCAGACCCGGUUUGUGCUGAAGAAGGCGCUGGAGCUGGGUAAGCGUGUGGUGGUGGUGGUCAAUAAGAUUGACAGGACGUCCGCACGGCCUGCCUACGUGGUGGACACCACAUUCGAGCUCUUCUGUGACCUCAAGGCAACAGACGAGCAGUGCGAUUUCCCAGUGGUGUACGCCAGUGGGUUCCAGGGCAUUGCGGGCCUGGACCCCAGCGACAUGGCGGACAACCUGGAGCCCCUGUUUGAGACCAUCCUGCGCUGCGUGGACCCCCCCAAGGUCAACCACAAUGCACCCCUCCAGAUGCUGGUCACCAACCUUGACUAUGACGAGCACAAGGGCCGGAUUUGCAUUGGGCGAGUGGCAGCGGGGAGCGUCAGGAAGGGUGACAUGGUCAAGAUUUGCACGCCUGACGACGUGUGCCGGAUUGCGGCCAUCUCGGAGGUGUUUGUGUACGAAAACUUUGGGAAGGUGUCGAAGGACCUGGUCGAAGCGGGCGACAUCUGCGCCAUCACGGGGCUGGGUGACGUCAUGAUUGGGCAGACGAUUGCAGACCGGGCGAACGGGGUGGCAUUGCCCACCAUCACUGUGGAGGAGCCGACCGUGCGCAUGUCCUUCAACAUCAACACCAGCCCCUUCGCUGGUCAGGAGGGCAAGUUCGUGACGAGCCGCAACCUGCGUGACCGGCUGUAUCGUGAGAUCGAAAGGAAUCUGGCCAUGACCGUAGAGGAUGGGGAGACGGCAGACUCGUUCAUCGUCAGCGGGCGGGGAACGCUGCACAUCACCAUCUUGAUCGAAAACAUGCGGAGAGAAGGCUACGAGUUCAUGAUUGGGCCCCCCAAGGUCAUUUUCAAGGAGGUUGACGGCCAGAAACGGGAACCUUAUGAGGAGUGCACAGUGGAGGUGCCGGAGGAGUACGUGGGGUCCGUCGUGGACCUUUUGGGCAAGAGGAAAGGGGUUAUGAUGGACCUCAGCACAGGGAUGGAGAGCAUGACCGUGGUCAAGUACCGCAUCCCGACGCGCGGCCUGCUCGGCAUCCGGAAUGCGCUGCUGACGGCCACGCGCGGCACGGCCGUCAUCAACACCAUCUUUAUGGAGUACGGCGACCUCGCGGGGGACCUGGCCACCAGGGACAACGGCUCGCUGGUGGCUUUCGAGACGGGCGGAGUAACAUCGUAUGCGCUGGUGAGUUGCCAGGAGCGCGGCAAGCUGUUCGUGAAGCCGGGCCUCGAUGUGUACCGGAACCAGAUUGUGGGCAUCCACCAAAGGCCGGGGGACCUCCAGCUCAACGUCUGCAAGAAGAAGGCCGCAACCAACGUGCGCUCCAACGCUGACGUCAAAGUUCCGUUGGACGCCCCCAUCGACAUGUCCCUCGACGACUGUGUGGAGUACAUCCAGGAAGACGAACUUGUAGAGGUCACCCCCAAGAGUGUACGCAUGUGCAAGAAUGAGAGGAUGAACACAAAGCGGAAGAAUUAGAAAUAGUAUAGGCGGCUAUGCGCCCUUUUUCAUAUAGACACUGAUAGAAGGUAUCCAGGUACAGCGUUUCCAAAGGUAGCCACGCCAUUGUGGCAUCAAUUCGACAUUCGCUGCUUAGCAAUAAAAGGUUGCAAUACAGAUCGAGUGCCAACAUUGAAGACCGCAAGCGAGUUGUAAAAGUAUUUCAUCUGGCUAGUGCAAUGAUGCCAAGUUUGGCAGGUGCUAGGGCUCCCGUACCUGAGACCCUAGAGUCUUACACUGUAUUCAAAGCCGAACCAACUUUAUUGUGCGGAGGUUUUUGUGGUGCUUCUUGAUAUUAUGC